GAGUUCCCGGGCAAGGCAAUUUCGGGAGUGUCCUGUUUGAACCGGCUGGAAGUUUUGUGUCCACCAGACCCAAGUCGUCGCGCCCAAUGGCACCAGUGACUCCAGCGCUGCUUUCGCUCCUCCUGACGUUCACCACGGUUAAAGCAUUUGGAAUAGAGGACAUUGUGCCAGGUCAUAAGGUUGUUGCACAAAUUGGACACAAGAUUGCCCUAAGUUGUCACACAACUGGUUGUGAAUCCCCACACUUCUCCUGGAGAACCCAGUUAGACUAUCCAUUAGGUGGGAAAUCACACAGUCAAGGAAACAGUUCAGUUUUAACUAUACAGUCUGUUGGAUUUCAACAUGAGCACCAAUAUGUCUGCACUGCUGGUUGCAAGCCGGGUGAACCAUCCAAAGAAAAAGCAGUCAUGGUUGACAUUUACUCAUUCCCCAGCGAUCCGGUUAUUGAGCUCACAAGGCCUCUCAUUCUUGGGGAACCAGCUUCCGUCACCUGCAGUGUUCCCAAGGUCUAUCCUUCUGAGCAGUUGAAGAUCACUUUGCUAAAAGGAAAAAUACCUGAUGAAAAAGAGUUUUUUCAAGACCCUCACACAAAAUCAUUACAGACCAAGAACCAUAAAAUUAAUUUUAUUCCUAUGGAGGAAGAUUUUGGGAAAGAGAUCAUAUGCAAAGCUGAGUUGCAGUUAGAGGAAAUGGCUUUGAAACCCAGACUGUCUACACAUGUGAUGGAAAUAAAUUAUGGCCCACGGAAUACUCAAAUUGUGGCAUUGCAAGGCAACACCAUACUAGAAGGAGAAGCACUGACACUUACCUGCCUGACUGAAAGUCAUCCUAAGGCUAGUUUUGCCUGGAAGAAGCAGCUUCCUGAUGGAAUUGCCCAGAAUAUUACGGAAAAGUACAACCUCUUUAUCCCAAAUCCUCAGGCCUCUGACUCUGGAACCUAUAUUUGUGAAGUCACCAAUGAAGUUACAAAUGUAGUGGAGAGAAAAUCACUAUAUAUUUCUGUACAAGCUAAAGCAUUUGGAAUAGAGGACAUUGUGCCAGGUCAUAAGGUUGUUGCGCAAAUUGGACACAAGAUUGCCCUAAGUUGUCACACAACUGGUUGUGAAUCCCCACACUUCUCCUGGAGAACCCAGUUAGACUAUCCAUUAGGUGGGAAAUCACACAGUCAAGGAAACAGUUCCGUUUUAACUAUACAAUCUGUUGGAUUUCAACAUGAGCACCAAUAUGUCUGCACUGCUGGUUGCAAGCCGGGUGAACCAUCCAAAGAAAAAGCAGUCAUGGUUGACAUUUACUCAUUCCCCAGCGAUCCGGUUAUUGAGCUCACAAGCCCUCUCAUUCUUGGGGAACCAGCUUCUGUCACCUGCAGUGUUCCCAAGGUCUAUCCUUCUGAGCAGUUGAAGAUCACUUUGCUAAAAGGAAAAAUACCUGCUGAAAAAGAGUUUUUUCAAGACCCUCACACAAAAUCAUUACAGACCAAGAACCAUAAAAUUAAUUUUAUUCCUAUGGAAGAAGAUUUUGGGAAAGAGAUCAUAUGCAAAGCUGAGUUGCUGUUAGAGGAAAUGGCUUUGAAACCCAGACUGUCUACACAUGUGAUGGAAAUAAAUUAUGGCCCACGGAAUACUCAAAUUGUGGCAUUGCAAGGCAACACCAUACUAGAAGGAGAAGCACUGACACUUACCUGCCUGACUGAAAGUCAUCCUAAGGCUAGCUUUGCCUGGAAGAAGCAGCUUCCUGAUGGAAUUGCCCAGAAUAUUACGGAAAAGUACAACCUCUUUAUCCCAAAUCCUCAGGCCUCUGACUCUGGAACCUAUAUUUGUGAAGUCACCAAUGAAGUUACAAGUGUAGUGGAGAGAAGAUCACUAUAUAUUUCUGUACAAGCCUUUUCAACAGCCGCCUCAACAUUAACCACCUCAUCUGAAACAACAACGUUAACCACCUCAUCUGAAACAACAACGUUAACCAUCCCAUCUGAAACAACAACGUUAACCACCUCAUCUGAAACAACAACGUUAACCACCCCAUCUGAAACAACAACAUCCUUUACAUCAGAUGUGGCAUCAGAAACUACAAAAUCAGUUACAUCUCAUGCAACGCUGAAAACGUUUAUGUCUACUACAUCAGAAAUAGCAGCACCAGAGUUGAUUACAAUGUCUACAUCACACACAGCACCAAAAAUAAUUUCAUUGGUGACAUUGCUUGCAACACUGAAAAAUAAUACAGUUGUGUACCCGGUGGAUGUUUCUGAUGAUGACAGAAAUAAUACAGAAGAGAUCAUAAUAAUUGCCAGAGUUGAAGAGCUGGAUUACGUGACACCUGUAAUCAUCGUAGUUUCUUGUUUAGCAACAGUAGCAGGUCCUGCGGCUGCCAUAUUUAUUUACAUUUUUAGAAAGAUGAAGAUAAAUGGCUCCUACAGUCUUGCAGACUCACUUAAACCAAACAUAUAAAUCCAUUAACCAGAAGUAACUAGACAGUUUUGCAAGUUUACCAACUAGAUGAUAUUGGACUUUGCUCAGAGUCUUUGGUGAUCUUUCUCAUCACAACUCAACGUGGGAGGAAUUGCGCUGAUGUGCUUUGGAAAGGAUGCAACCAAAUUAUGCCUUUUCACGAAAACCAGUCUCUUGAGCGCAGACUCUGUCUCCACUCAGUGUCUCCACUCAGCCACAAAGUGCUUGUGAUCUUGGGCUAAUCUACAGAUAUGUUUCUAAACUAUGCUUUUAUUUUACAAUAUUAACUUUCAUGUGCAACACAAGCCAAAUGAAACCUGCCUUACUUUUGGUAGUGCUGGACUAAGUUUCAGAUUUACCUACAUACCCAAACAAAGUAGUUACUUAUGAGAAUAGUGAAGUGCAGUAGGAUGGGCUAUCCAGAGAUCUUUAUACAUAGAGGCGAGUUAUACAAUAUGAACAGUUUAUCAAUAGAAGAGAAGUAGUAUUGCAGCGUAGUACUGAUUAUGUUACCUAGUUGGGUAAUGAAAUGUCUGCAACAAAACAAGUUCACAGAGCACCAAGGACCCCAUAUGAGCAGCUUAACUCUUAACAGCUUAACUCUUAACUAUUUGCUAGCAACAGGAAAGGUGUUUCUUGUUUUGCAAAAUCCCUAUAAAGCUCCAGUUGCUAAUUUUUUAAUGUCAUCCCUGGAUCAGUUUACUUGGUCUGUGGUCUCACCACAAUUUUACUUCAACAGUUAAACCUCUUUGCUUCCUUGCAAAGUGGCCCACUGCUUGGAUAUUUAAUUUUGU